UAGGUAUUUUAGCUAGUUACACGUACCUACCUAUGUAUAAUAUACAGAAACUGCAUGGCCACAUUAACUAUGUCAGCCACGCCCGCAUUCAGUAGGUACAUACCUUCCAUCAUUGUAUUGUACCUGCCUGCUCGAAUUGGUCUUCAUAAUACCUACACCGUCCACAUUAUUUAUCCCUGCGAUCCUCGACUUUGUUUCUUAUUCUUCACAAUCAAGCAACGUAAAUACGCGGUCGCUCUUUUACAUAUACCUAUACAAUUGAAGCUGACGUCUCAUACUUUGACUUUCUUAGUAUUUCGACUGCUGUCGCGCGCCACGGCCACCUUUGCAAGAUCCGCAAUGCUGUAGUACGGCUCGGUAAAUGCAAUGGCUGGUUCUUCUCCCGCUGCCCGUACAUCACAGCAAUGGUCCACUCCUGACCGUCCUCGCAUGUCCAGUAUAUCGUGUAUCCUCAGUGAAAGUCGUAACACGGCGAUUAGCCAUCAGGAUGCUCUCGCACGAGCUCAAGCCGAGCACGAUCGAGUUCGCGAGGCUGCUAUCAGAGUUUACCACGAUCACGAGUUGCAAGAGGAACAAAAAAGGCUGUUAGAGCAACAAAAAAGGAUACUAGAACAACAAAAGCUAGAGGAAGAGCGAAUCCGAGCCGAGGAACGGCUGAGGGCGGAAGAGGAACGCCUAAGAGCUUUGAAGGCCAAAACGGUCCCUAAGCUUCCACCAGAACCGCCAACACCUGUUGCCCACACAAAUGGGUCCGCUGCCGCUCUAGCCCAAAUCAAAGCUACCCCAACCACAGCGAAUUCAGGAGCAUUGUCCAACUCAAAGUCACCCUUAUUCGGUGUCCAACAGCCCGCCUCGACCAACGGGUUAAGCGGACAUGCCAAUGGCACAGUGCAGCCACAUCCAUCACAGCCGUUUGGUCAACCCAAAGCUAUACCUCAGGGUCAAUCAUUGAACGGCCCGUCACCAUUUACACAGCCGACAAAAGCAAUCUUACAGCCCAAUGGCUUGUCAGCUGCAGCCCCUGCAAAACCUCCCGUCGCUAUCAACGUAGAUCGGUAUGUUGAAAUUCAUAAGAACCUUAAAAGGCUACGGGCAUCCUUGUUGCAGCAAUCCAAAUUAUCUCCACCCUUGAAGAAGCGGAUGGGAGAUAUGCGGCGAGAACUAAGAAAGAAUAUGGGCCAAUUAGUAGGCGAAAAGGGCGGCAAUAAGAAACAGAUAGUCGCUAUCCAAGCGCUACUGGAUGAAUCGCUUAGGGGAACUGUACCAAGCGAGCUGGUCGACCCGUCCGAUUAUAUCACGGACAGAAGAGAACCAGUCGAAGGUGCAUUGCACAACGAGCCACGGCUUCCGUCUCUAUUUCUCUACCUUCUAAAUCACUUCUCCAAAGCUGUUAUCAACCAGUUUAUCAACGAAUGUGGAGCUCAGCCCAAAACUGCUGAUCCCAUCGGCGUCAUUGUUGCUAUGAUUUUCUCCAGAGACCUCUACUUGUGGAGGGGAAAGACUUUGAUCGAUAUCCUAAUGGCGAAACUACGCGUCGUCUGCCCCGUUCUUUUUGGAUAUCGCGGCAGCGAGAAGACAGAAAAUGGUCGUCUUUGCCUAGGUUGGAAGAAGACAGAGACUGGAUGGGCACCCGAGCAGCAGCAUAGUGACCGAAUGAAAGGCUUGGGAGCAGGAUACGCCGCUAUUGCGCUGAGGAACUUUUCAAGUUCCAAGAACACCAACCCAUGGCCCCCGUCGAAGUACUGGGCUAGCAUUGCGCGGAUAGUGAAUACUCCACCAGCCGAAAUCACGAACACACAAUGCGUUGUUCUUAGAGCUAUGAUCGAGACUAGCGAGGAGAGGUUCAUUCAAUUCUACGGGAAUGCAGCGAUAGCCGCAUUGAGGAAAGCGUUGGUGGAAUUCCCCGCGAAAGCCGUAGACAAGUCACCUGGCGUUUCGGGAUUGCAGGUUUUGGCACAGAUUUUAAAGCGGGAUAUAGGCUUGGAAUUAUGAGCCACCUGUACAGUACUCAAAAUGGAUGGUUCGGUGUUGGUAUAGAAGGCGGUAAAUCAGGUUUUCCCUUCUACGGCGUUCAAGGAGUUAGCACGUCAAUUAGCAUAAGAAGGCGUCUAGAAACACCUCGUAU